CUCCGUGUCCGCUUCCAGUAGGAGCGCUUUGCUUUAAAUUUUUAUUCGACUCUGCGGAAAUGAUCCCCUUAGGUGGCUAUAGUUCUUGCCAGGAGCAUCAGUAUCAAACCUGCAAGUGCAAGGGAGUUAGACAAGGAGGGGGCGGUGAGUGUAGAGAAGAGAGACAGCAAACGAGAGAGAGCGGGGAAGGGAGAUUAAGUUAUUGCGGCGACGUGUCUAAAAGCUCUGCUUAUUAAAAAAAUAAAGCUUCUCAACUCGUGCCUUGACAAAAGGAUUCUAUAGGAACAAAUAAAGAAGAUGUAUAUCAUUAUGGAGAAUACCCCUGAAAUGGAAUGUGUUGACCACGGCGAGGGGCUUCACUCGGACAGUGCCUAUGGGUCAUCUGCGGUGGACACGGAUACAGAGGACUGCCUGACUCCCCUCGAGAUCACUUUCCCCUAUAACGAGGACCAAAUGCACAAGACCAUCAUGGUGGGAGACAGCGGUGUGGGGAAGACCUCUCUGCUGGUCCAGUAUGACCAAGGCAAGUUCAUACCCGGCUCCUUCUCUGCCACUGUGGGCAUCGGCUUCACGGUGAGUCUCUGCGUUAUUGUCUGCCAUGAGACAUAG